AUGUUACUUUUAUCACGUAGCCAGAGACGAGCAGAGCAAGCUGUUCGGCACCCUUCUGAAAGCAUAUCAGGAGGAGGUGGACAAAAUCACAAAGCGCAUUGGCCUUCCUUCCCCCACUCCCUCUCCUUGCAUUGUGCUGCAGACUUCAAGAAGGCAGGUAAAGAGGAGCAGAGCAGGCUGUUUGGCGCCCUUCUCAAGGCAUGUCAAGAGGAGGUGGACAAUCUCACAAAGCGCUUUAACUUCAAGAAGGCGGGUAAAGAGGAGCAGAGCAAGCUGUUUGGCGCGCUUCUUAAAGCCUAUCAAGAGGAGGUGGACAAUCUCACAAAGCACAUUGACAUUCCCCCCCACCCCCUCUCCUUGCAUUGUGCUGCAGACUUCAAGAAGGCAGGUAAAGAGGAGCAGAGCAGGCUGUUUGGCGCCCUUCUCAAGGCAUGUCAAGAGGAGGUGGACAAUCUCACAAAGCGCUUUAACUUCAAGAAGGCAGGGAAAGAGGAGCAGAGCAAGCUGUUCGGCGCGCUUCUCAAGGCGUAUCAGGAGGAGGUGGACAACCUCACAAAGCGCGCCAAGUUUGCAGAAGCAUCCUUUCUUGGUGUCUAUCAGAAGCUCUACGAGGCCCCGGAUCCCGUGCCGUCCCUGGCGUCUGCUGCUGAGGUGGCAGCGAACGUUUCUGAGCUGGCGGCGGAGAAUCGGCGCAUGCAUGCUGAGCUGGAGGAGUUCCGGUCUGAGUCAGCACAUCUCAAGAACCAGCAGGCGACUGUGCGACGGUUGGAGGAGAGAAACCGACAGCUCGAGCAGCAGAUGGAGGAGAAGGUGAAGGAGAUGGUGGCGAUGAAGCAGCAUGUGCUGGCAGAGGAGAGUCAACGGAGCAUGGAAACCCUCAAGUCAAGAGAGGAUGCACUGCAGGAGCAGCUGAGGGCUGCGAGGGAGACAGUGAGCAACAUGCAGCGACUGCACGAGAUGAGCCAGUCACAGCUGUUCGAGCUCAAGGCGCAAUCAGAGGAGGAUCGCGCGUCGAAGCAGGGCGAGGUGACUCUGCUGACAGACGAGGUGGAGCGAGCUCAGGCACGGCUGCUGGCUCUGGAGAGAGAGAAGGAAGCUCUCAAGGCGCAGCUGCAGACUGCACAACCUAGUGAAGCAGCAGAUGGCGAGAGCACGGACAGCAGUGGGGCAAUUGGAUGGGAAGCAGCAGUACGGGCAAAGGAGGCGGUGAUAGCAUCGCUGCAUCAGGAGCUGCACGCCCUGGAGGCAGCAGGGGCGGCAGAGAGGGAGGAGCAGAGGGCUGAGGUGAAGCGACUCAAGGCGCUGCUGCAGGAUCAGGAGUCGUCCGUGGUUGCGCUGAGAGCGGAACUGGCAAUCAGGCCCACGCAGAGGCAGUGGGAGGACCUGCGGAAGCAAGUGAAGAUCCUGCAGGCUGUGGGCUACAAUGCAGUGGAAGUGGACGACUGGGAUGAACCAGGCAUGGCAUCCAACGGCCCAGGAUCGUCCUCCGAUCUCUCAGCUGCUGCAGAUGGGGAGAGUGGGAAGGGGGGAGGGGAUGGGGGAGUGAUGCGCAGCAGCAGUGGGGCUGACAUUGGAAAGCUGGAGGCGUUGCUGCUGGAGAAGAACAAACGGAUGGAGCACGAGUUGACCCAAGUCAAGAUGCGUCUGAGUGAGAAGGGGGAGGAGUGUGAUGAGGCGAAAGUGAAGACAGCAGCACUGGAAGGCACUGUGGCGGAGCAGAGGGCGCUCAUAGGAAAACUGGAGGACGACAUUCUCAAGGGCUAUGGCGCACGGGACAGGCACCGGGCGGCGUCGGUUGGCAGCAUUGUCUCGAUGCCUGGAGCAGCGGGUGGCAGCGGUGGUGGGGAUGGUGGCGGUACAGGUGGCAGCGGCGGAUUGGUGGAUGAUGAUUCGGUGCUCAUGGUGGUGUGCGGGCAGAGGGACAGGUUUCGACAGCGAAUGGGAGAGCUGGAAGAGGAGCUGCGGGCAGAGAGGGAGAGGAGCGGCAAGCUGGCAGCAGAGGUGGAGCGGUUGAAAGCAGACAACGUGAAGCUUUAUGAGCGCAUGCGAUAUGUGCAGGACUACACAAGUGCAGGGGGAGGGGACAGACCCAACAGUAGCCGAUCGAGAAAGAGUGACAUCGAGGCGGGUCCAGCAGCGGACGUGGAGGGCAAGUACAAGAAGAUCUACGAGGAGACAAUCAACCCCUUCACUGCUUUCUCCACCAAGGAGAGGGAGCAGCGGGUAAGGGACCUGGGUCUGCGAGACAGAAUCACCCUCACCAGCGGCAAAUUCCUCCUCUCCAACAAGUAUGCGCGCACGUUUGUCUUCUUCUACUCCAUUGGCCUGCAUAUCCUCGUGGCUCUCAGCAUGUACCGCCUCUCCAGCCUCAGCCAUGCCAG